AUGCUGAUAAUUAUUGGACAUCAAGUCCUUUGUAUGCGUGGUUCACUUAGUUUCUCCACAAAAUCAGCAACGUUAUUGAGCGAGUCGCUGAAAUCACGAAUUGAGUCGAUGAUCUCAUCUGCACCUGUGGUGGUUUUCAUGAAAGGCACACAGCAAGAACCUAUGUGUGGUUUUAGCAAAACUGUGAAAUUGGUUCUAGAUUUCCAUGACAUUAGAUUCAAGGACUACGAUGUACUCAGUGACGAAGAAUUAAGAGAAGGCAUUAAAAUAUACAGUGACUGGCCAACAAUACCGCAGGUCUAUGUGAACGGGAAUUUCAUUGGAGGCUCGGAUAUUUUAGUGAAAAUGCAUAAAGAUGAAGAAAUAACGGACGUCUUCGAGAAAGAAGGUAUAAAAACAAAAUUUUCUGAUCACGAGAAGUAA